GUUGGGGUCGAGGCUUUCAAUGCCUUCCUGCAGGCAAACGUCACUGGGCCUGUUCUCGACGAUGGUCAAGUCAAACUGGCACAGCCUUACGAUGGAAAAAUCGACCUAACUCUGUCCUCGUUGGAAGUGGACGGUGUCAGCCCCUACCCCUUCAUCCCUCACAUUGAUCUGUUUUGUCUCGCCAAACACAGCAUCGAGAAUGCCACCUCUGAAACAUGGACGGCCAGCAGCGCCAGCCACAAUACGGGCAGCAACAUCAGCCUAGCAUGGAUGAGACUGAGGCUGGAUGUCUGGCACUACAAGCUUUUCAUUGAGCCCAGCCUCAGCCCUGGCUCCAUAUUCACCAAGAACAUUGGCAUGAGUGAGGUGCCCACACUGGUCGAGAGAAUACAAGAGCGCCUGCGGGCGGUAGAGAGCGACGUCCGCUUUCUCGUCGAGAAGGCCAACAUUUGUAUCAUGCUGGGCCAAGACGUGCAGGCUCGGGAUGCUCUGAGCGCUGCGGCAGACCUGAACGGUUUCGUGUAUGCCUUGUCCGGUGCGCUUGGCAAGAGGACGAGGUUCCAGGAGAAGAGCACCAGCCAGCUGGUCGUGCUUGCCAAAAGCGGAACCUCCCCCGACUCGAACGCGAAGCAGGAGGUGCCUGAGGCUCUACCCCUCAACGACGACACCCUCCUGGAGGAGAUUGAGUACACGAACGGCGGCGAAGAGGGCCUGAAUGGCGAGCGGGAGGGGGGCCCAGAGCCUCAGCUGCCUCUUGCGCUGCGCGACCUGAAGCCAGACGAACAACCACAGCUCUCCGCUCUGGACCAGAUCAUAUUGCUUACACAGGCCACGCUGAAGGACUCUUUCUCACCCGCAGACAAGCUGACGGCUGAGGAAGUCCUGCCGUUCGCUGUCAGGGUCAUCAGCGACAAAUCUACCAACUGGCAGAUUUACACGCAAGCCCUCCUGGUGCGGUCCCGGAUCGAACAGCACCGCAGCAGGACCGUGGAGCGCGGUGUUCUCCAGAUGCAAGCCGUCGUUGAUCAGGUCAUUGUGGAUACCACCCAAAAGGCCGCGGUCGCCGAAGCAAGUCAAGACAGUGCUACACAAGAUGCACCAGAAGUUCCUUCCAUUUCUAUCUCGGCUCCUGAUGCGCAGCCGAAGCCGAAGCAAGAUCGGGAGGAAGCAGCCCCCGUCGAAGAGAAGCCUAUGUCAUUCUUCCCUGCUGCCAAAUCGGAAGAAUCUGCACCCGCAUCAGUGAGACUGGAAUACAUUCAUGCCCUCUCAUCGCCCCCGCGCUGGCAUCUCGAGUCCGAGCUGGCAUACGCCUGGACAGGGGUGGGGUCAUUAGUGUCGGCUCUUGAGAUCUUCAAGCGUUUGAAGCUCUGGGCCGAGGUUGCUCUGUGUCUCGCAAGCAGUGCCUCCAUGGAUAAUGAAGAUGGCAGCGGCCGGGGUAGUGGUGGGGAGGAUAAGGCACGAGCUAUCAUUCGCUGGAGAUUAUACCACCGCAAGAAUGACGCUCAACCCGAUGGGAAAGCAGUGGUGGGCGAGGAAGAUAAUGAUAGCCUCGAUGAGGACACGGAUAUCACAACCCUUAAAGCAGAGAGCUUCACUGGGCGCGAGCGCACCCCGGCUCAACCAAACGCACCAAGGCUUUUCUGUAUUCUGGGUGACAUAGAAACCGAGUCCGCAGUCACGCAUUACGAGAGAGCAUGGGAGAUUUCCAAUCACAGGUAUGCUCGUGCCCAGAAAUCACUGGGUGAGCACUAUCUCUCCCAGAAGGACUGGAAAAAGGCUCGUGAGGCCUAUCAGCUUGCAGUCUCGGUCAACCGUCUGUCGCCCGAGAUGUGGAGCAGGCUGGGAGACAUCAACCUGAGGUUGGGUGACUUUGCAGCUGCGGCCGAGGCUUUCACCCGUUCCAUUGGGUCAUCCAACGACACCUCUGGUGGUGAGGAUGCAAGGACAUGGAGCAACCUCGGGAGUGCGUUAUACAGCGUGUAUCUGGAAGCUAUGGAGAAGGACAAGAACCAGCCGCCGGCCAAUGGUCACCAAUCCGAGACCCGUGUGGGGGGAGAUGAAGAUGAACAGGUCGAAGAUGAAGACGACCAAGUUCAAACCACCACAGCCAACACUCACAAGAACCCAUCCGUCCUCCUGGCACAAUCAAUGAACGCCUACAAGCGUGGAGCCUCGAUUGCGCACGAUAACUGGCGCAUCUGGGACAAUGUCAUCACACUCGCCACGCGGAUGCGUCCCAUGCCCUUCUUCGAGAUCAUCCAGGCCCUGCGAUCCAUCAUCCGGAUCAGGAACUCGGAGGACGCACUGGACGACGACAUCCUCCGCGUUCUGCUCACAGAAGGUGUCCUGGCCACGGACAAGAAGAAUGACACCGGUGCUGGGCAAUACGAGCCGCCCCGAGGAAGCGUCGAGCGCAAUGUCAACGAGAUGAUGGAGCGGGAGAUUGUUCCCCUGAUCACGAACCGCUCUGAGCUAUGGGAGCUGUUGUCCCGCCUGCGAGUCUGGAGGAGGGACUACGCCGGCGCCAUCGAUGCCUCCGAGAAGGCCUGGCGGGCUGCUGUGGGCGGGGCCACGUCGGGAGCUGGGUCGCUGGGCGGAGGUCUCACGGUGGAUGCAGCGGCCAAGAAGGACGGAGGGGACUCUCAAGAGUCCAGGAAUUGGUUGGAGAACAAAGAGGCCUGGCAGGUGGUUGUGCAGAGGACGGACGAGCUGGUCGCGGUGCUCGAGAACUUUGGCCCGCAGGUGGGGGAGGUCGGUGAUAAGUGGAGAGCGAAAGCGCGGAGUGCCAUACGGAGCGUCAUGGGCAAGGGGAAGGAGGCUUGGGAGGGAAGUGAAGGCUGGAACACGCUGAAAGGCUUGUUGGAUGGGCUGAAG